UACAGUUGGAGCAGCGAGCACAUCUCUCUGACACGGUGACAGACUAUUGCUGUAUUUUUUCAGGAGGAUAUCACUUGCUUGACUUGCAGAGGUGUAACAAGUUGAAUGUCAGUAGAAAAGCCUGCGUCUGAAGGUCUCGACUAGGCAAAAACAUGGGGAACGAAAACUCCAAGAACGCGGAGCUGACCGAGAAUGGGAAUAUUCCUGGGAAGCAUGGUAAUGGAUCAGUGAACGGCCUCUCUGCAAACAUCACAUCUAAUGGAUUGGAGAUUGCUGUUAACACUGAGACCAUAGUCCAGCAAAAUGCCGAGCCCCUCUCUUUAGAACUCGCCACAGAAUCAACUCAGCCUGAAAUCCUUGAAACCAUCAUUCAUAAGAACCAGGUCAAGAAAGGUAAUGAAGAUCAAACAGAUCUAAGUCUUCCUGCCACCAAUCCACAGCCGGAGGCAGCUAACCUAAAGCGAGCGUCAGAAUCGUUAACGGUGCCAGAGAGUGUGACUCUAGACUCGGGUCCCGAGAAAGAAAAAGCUCCUGAAAGCGACAACGGAGAGGACAGUAACCCAGAAGAGAAUCCAGUUAUGAACUUCUUCAAAACACUAGUGACUCCCAAAAUAACCAAAAAGGAAACAGCUACUCCUGGUGCCACAAAAGACCAGUCCCAGAUGGAGAACCAACCAGCAGUAACCACUACUGUUGCACAAGUAUCUGAGCCGCCCGCAGCACCCAAAGGAAUGUCUUACCCACCACCACCUCCUCCGGAGCCACCGAGAAUGGAAAUCAAGGGAGAACCAGCUGCCAAACCUGUCAAACCCACACCCAAAGAAGAACCCAAAGCUGCUGCAAAGGAAGCCGAGUCCCCAAAAGGAAAAUCAGCCAGAGUUGCUCUGAGCAAAUUCUUCCGUCCAAAGGUACUGCUAGGUGUCAAGGCAUCCAAAGGCAAGGGUGCUUCAGCAAGUGGAGCCAAAACCCCGGCCAAGGCCAAGACUGCAGCAGUGACAAUCAGAGAUGCACCAGCACAGCCGGCGGUAGAAGUCCAGGAGACACCAGUGGUGCCACAGCCAGUUGUCGCUGUAGAAGUCCAGAGUGAAAAUAAUGUUGGACACCAUGAGACAGCAGAGGAGGUGGCACAGCCAGUUGUAGAAGAGCAGGUGGUCGAGGAGGUACCACAGCCAGUGGUAGAAGCUGAGAAGGUGGAUCCCUCAAAAGCCGGCACCCUGGAGGCUGCUGCAAAGCCAGAACCGCCACCGCCUGUUCAGGAAGCAAAAAAAACAGCCUCAAAAUCAUCCUUCUUUUCUCUCUUCAAGCCUAAAGCUGCUGAUCCCCAGAAGGCGAGCCCUGCCCCAGCUGCAGCAGAGACAGUAAAAGCCAAAGAGGAACCCAAAGCAGCAGCCAAGUCAUCAGAGGCGGUCGUAGACAACAAACCAGCUUCGGUGGCCCCCCAAGCUGGAGAUGAUGCAGCCAAUGUGCCCAGGAAACUGGAGAAGAGGAACUCAAUCCAACUGUUCUUUAAACAUCUGGGUCAGAAACGUAACUCGACAGAUGCCGGGGUCCAGACAGAGCCGGUCCCUGUUGCUCCAGCAGCUGAGAAGGCCAAAUGAAACCAAAGCCAACAAUACAGUUUCCCUGUACAGACCCCCCCUCUCUUUCUUGCUCUUACUCAAUCUUUAUCUCUCACUCUGUCUCAUCUCCCUUUCAACUCUUAUUGAAUUACUUUAACUCCUUUUUUAUUUUUAUUUUGUUACUGUUCAGAAGUUACAAUAUGGAAAGAAAAGUGACACGAAGGGUAAGAGCAUGUUGUUGAAAGACGAAGAGUGGGCAGGUAGUUGAACAUGUGGCGAUUUGAAAUGGUCCAAGGCGAGGUUAUUGAGAUACAUAUAUAUAUAUUUAUAUAUUUUUUGGACAUUUAAAUGUCUUGACACAUAUAGCAAUGUGAGUGUGAAACCUUUUCUACAGACAUUCAAUGUGACUUCUCUCUGUUCUUGCGACCUAACACACCGGGCUUAUGCAACAGACGGUACCAUGCUUUGCUUUUAGCAAUUACUUUGUCAAAAGGGUUCUAUUUUUACAGUUCACACCAGAAAAAAAUCACGCAGUUGUGGCUAUGCAGAGGUUAAUAUGAAAUGACAUUGAAAUAAGUACUUAAAUCUAUAUGACAUUAAAAUGAAAAGCUCCUAACAGAGCUGAUGAGAGGAGCAUUUCCGUAUAUAACAAAUUGCACUUACAGGUUUUGUAACUUUAUGAAAGCUAUAUGUAGACUAAAGCGCACACGUAUCCUAACAGUCAUGUAUUGGGCCAUAUGGGAAAAUCACAAUCUUUACUGUUCUGUGGGGAACUGAUUGUUAAGUGUAACAAAUUCAUCUGAGGUGGCAAAAUGGUGUCGCUGUGCCACUGUGUCCUUGUGGUAUGUUUUGCAGUCGUCAUAAAUCCCAGUUGAUUAGCUUUUCAUUUAACUGUAGCACUUUGUGUCAUGGAAUUUAAUGGAAGUCUUAUGGUGUUAGUCAUUCGUGUUUGGCAUGUGUGCAAUUAAUAUCAUUCUUAUGUUUGCCUAAAUGUAUGUAUGCGUGCAUGUGUAACUUCAGCUAUCUCGAAGACAAUAAAUAUGUUCACAGUU